AUGAGCGAAACAAACCUCCCUCUCCCCCAGUUCUACGCCCGCGCACUGCGCAACCUCCUCCCCGUUCUGGAUGGCACCCUCCCCCCACUCGAGGAGAGCACGCACGCGCAGCUCCAGCACGCCGUCGAGGACCUGUACCUUGUCGGGCGCAUGCUCUCCUCGCUCAGCGUGUUCAGCGACAACGAGCGCCUCGACGAGGUCGGCGAUAAGGAGCUGGCUUUCAUGACGGUUGGCUGGGCCCUCGGUGAGGCCGAGACGCGACAGGGUUUCGGAGGCCCCGAGCCACGUAAGGCGGCGCUCGAGCGCAGCGACACGGCCUUCAACUCGUUCCUCUCCAUUCUCGAUACAUACAAGAUCGUCGCCGAGGGUGAAGGGGGAGGUGCGCGCGCCCUUCCCGCUGACCCCGGACAGCGGCGUGAGGCCAAGAUCGCGGCGCAUAGACGUUCGAAAGAGUUGAGAGAGAAGAUUAGCUCGGCGUUGCCAGGCCAGCCUGACGCCGGGUCCAACCCCGUCGCCUUCAUCCUCGCUCUCCUGCCGUCGGAUAAGCCGUCCUCUACCUCGGUGAAUGACGAGGAGCCGGACGUGCGCGAACCCACCAUCCUCCUCCUCCGCCUGCUCGCCGACUUGGCCGUCAGCAGCGUGGGGAACAACGCGAUGGAACUCCAGAUCCUCGCUCUCGCUCCACCCGAGCCGACGCAGGGACCGUUGGAGGACCCCCGCGCACGACGCACCGAGGAGACGGACAGCACGUGGCGUCUCGACCGUGCACCAGGCCAGUACAAGCCGCGCGAGCUGAUCUCUGGCGGUGGGCGUGUGCUGCGCCCCUUCACGAUCUUGCCGAGCACAAGCGCGAUGAGUGACCGCGAGAGGUUGCGCUCGGACGUGUUCCGCUCGAGUCACAGGCUGCCGACCAUGACGAUUGACGAGUAUCUCGCCGAAGAGGACAGGCGGGGGAACAUUAUCCGCGGUGGAGGACAAGCGAGCUAUGACGCGCCGACCGAGUCAGAGUUGCUCGAGCUCGAGAUGGAGAAUGACGGGACUGCUGGCGCCGAGGAGGCUGCCGAGAAGAAACGGCUCAAGGACGAGAACUGGGCCCAGUUCACCGACGACAACAAGAAGGGCGCAGGGAACACGAUGAACAGAGGAUAG